AUGGAAGAAGACGAGGAUGAGUUCGGUUUGGACGAUCCGUUCGGCGAGAUGCUCUCGUUGGCCGAUGGCGGCAGUACGUGCACGAUUUUCCUCAUCGAUGCCGCUGCAAAGAUGUUCGAGCGCGAUGGAGGCGGUGAUGCCGAGAACGAUUGCCCCUUCAGACGUGCCUUAAAGAUAAUGCGUCGACAAAUGAUCAACAAAGGAGUGACAUCAACCGCAGGCCAAUAUACCAGCUGCAUCCUCCUCAACACUGUACGGCUUUUUUCAGAAGCACUUUUCGAGAGCAUUCUUUGA